AUGGCGGCUUUCUGGCGGGGGCUUAUCACGUUCAUUGUGGUGAUAUGUGCUCUUUCCCCAGUAGAACAGGUUGGGGCAAGAAUUCACAAAAAAAAGAAACUGCCAACAGAAGAAGAGAAACACUUUGCGGACCUUAUCAAAAAUGCCAUAGAGUAUGCCAAACGGGCAUGGGCCGAGGAUACACUCAGGAAAUCGGAAUCAUACCAACAUGGUAUUGAUAUGAAGAACCAAAGAAGCACUAAUGGGCAAUCAAGCUUGUUCGCUGAUGAGGACCCGAAAGGUCAACGUCUUGAGGAGCUGGCAUUUAUUUCACUAGAAGCUACAAAGAAAUUGGAACGAUCAUCUAACAUUUCAAUUGCAACGAUGCGUAGUUCCAAGACCUGGUUAAAGAUAUGGAGAUCUCUGAUACACGCAUACUGCGAUAAAACAAAGAUCACAUGUGACCCAAAGGCUUUGUACAGGUCUGCGAAUGGCUCGUGUAAUAACCUACAGCACGUCACAUGGGGAAUGGCAUUCACCCCUCAGCAGCGCUAUCUACCACCAACGUACGAUGACUGGAUUGACUUACCGAGAACAAAAUGCCAUGCCGGACGCCUGUUACCCAGCCCAAGGAAGAUUAGCAAUACCCUGUUCUGUGAACAUGGUAAACCAAGGAUUGCUAAGAACCACACUAUUAUGGUGAUGGCUUGGGGGCAGUUCAUAGAUCAUGACGUAAUCUUCACACCCCUCCCGAAAGGAGCUAAUGGUUCUGCCAUAAGUUGUUGUGAUAAGGAGUCCGGCAAAUCAAAGAGGCCUGAAUGCUUUCCUAUAGACAUACCAAAGGACGAUCCUCAUUUUACUAACAAGACGUGUAUGAACUUUCUACGGUCGACUGCAAGUCCAUCUCACUCAUGUCUUCCUGCACCUCGCGAACAGCUUAAUCAGGUGACCUCUUUUAUUGAUGCUUCCACUGUAUACGGGUCGUCUGACGAGGAAACCAAGUCACUCAGAGCAAUGAAGAAAGGUUUACUGCUGACUUCCAAAGGUGGACUUCCCCCUGUUGGCAAAGAGAAAUCAUGUGUUCUUACACACCCUAAAGAGUACUGCUUUCGUGCUGGGGAUAAGAGAGUCAACGUUGUACCAAACUUGAGCGUUACACAUAUUUUAUUUAUCAAACAACACAAUAGAAUAGCCAGAAGACUGGCGAGGAUAAAUCGACAUUGGACAGAUGAGAUAAUCUUCCAGGAAACAAGAAAAAUCAUAAUUGCUCUUAUGCAACAAAUAACGUACAGAGAAUAUCUACCGAAGACAUUAAAUGCUGAACACAUGAGUCGGUAUGGACUUAACUAUUAUCCAGGGAAAUUUAACAAUGUAUAUAACCCUUCAAUUAAUCCCGGAACAAGAAACUCCUUUGCUGCUGCCGCAUUCCGUUACGGACAUUCGCAGAUUCCGCCAACUCAGUCUGUACUAGCUGCAGACCAUUUGACGUACAAACAUUAUCCUCUGGAGGACACGUACCAUAAGCCAUAUUUGGCACAGGAGGACGAUGGGAAGAACUUGCCAGGUCUUCUUCGGUGGCUGUCAACAGAACCGACUACCUGCAAUGACAGGGUUUUUGAGCCGCAAGUGCGUGACCUGUUAUUUCUUGACAAGAAGGGAAAUAGUCUGGAUUUGCCCGCCAUCAAUAUACAGAGAGGAAGAGACCACGGCAUGCCUUGUUAUAACGAGUGGCGUGAAUGGUGUCAGCUACCAGUAGCUAAACAUUUUGACGCUAGAGAAGGUGGACUAGUGGAUCACGACCCCGUGUGUGCGGGUCUACUCAAAAAAGCAUACGGGCAUGUGAAUGAUAUUGAUCUCUACGCUGGUGCUAUCAGUGAGAAACACAUACCAAACGGUGAAGUUGGUCCUACCUUUGCAUGUAUAAUUGCACGACAAUUCCACGCAUUUAAAUACGGAGAUCGGUUUUGGUACGAACAGGUUGACAAACCAACAGCUUUCACGAGAGCACAACUGAAGCAGAUAAAGAAAAUCACUUUAUCAAAGAUAACGUGUGAUAAUUUCAAGAUUAAGAAAAUACAAAAGGAUUCUUUUACGACCAUAUCGCCGAGCAAUGAUCUAACUGCUUGUAACAAGUUACCCAAGCUGAGACUGAGACCUUGGAAGGAGACAGUUGCUCAAACAAAAAAGAAGCACGGCUCGAAUUAUUAA